AUGAACCCUAAAAGAAAGCUUCCAUCUAUUCGAGCUUCAAUGGGGCAUCCUCCAGCAAGAAAGAAAGCUCGUACAGAACUAGCUGUAAUUAAUCUUUGCGAAGAAUAUGAUGUAACUGAAAAUGAGAAACGUAUAUUUGAAAAGGCUAAGGCCAAUCAACUUGUUUCUGCACUUAUUGGUGUUGCUGCUCUUACAGCCCAACGCAAAAACGGCAAUUAUAACUAUAGUGGAGACACUGUAAUUUUCACCCUGUCUCUUUGCCAUGUUGCUGGGACAGACACACGUCCCCAUUCACUGUUCAAUGAUAUGCUGAUGGGAUACAAUUUCAAAUUUCCAGGGAAUUGCACCUUUGGUUUUACAUUGGAAAUACCCGACAAGAGGCGAUUGGAUGUAAUGAUUACAAAAUUGCUCCAGUACCAAGUGGCAGUCAAUAGGAAAAAAAACCGAGUCUAUCGCACCAUUGACGGGCUCCUCCAGCCAAACACAAUAUCCAAAAAAUCAACAACAAAGGCACUGAAGCAGUCCGCUUGGGAGAGAUUGAUACUGAUCUCAACAAUUUACCAUGCCCUCCAAUAUGCAAUUGACGUUCACCGGGAACAGAGCAAAAUCAAAGACUCAAAUAUCUGUUACUUUGCCUUUCGGAUGACUAUUGACUGCAAGACCAACAUAGAGUUGUUCCGAAAAGCGAGACACUUUCUCCUAUGUCUGGGUCCAAAGAAAGACGAGUGUCAUCCUAAGUUGACCGCCAUUCUUGACAAUCUUUCUUUUGAACCGCAAGACACUUCGGGUCCAAAGCAAUUCUCCUUUCUGCUAAGUGAUAGGGGACUUGGUAAACAGCUACAGCUCGAAGAAUACAAGAAGGUUUUGACCCAUUUCCGUUUUUUUAAUGACAUUGCUGUGAAUUGGCCCGGGAUGAAGAAACGGCCCCUUUUGUUUACCAAAAAGAAUAUAUGGAACAACAACAAACAAAAGUCAACAUGGCUUACUCAAUGGUUAGCUACCGUAUCUGUUGGUCUAUACAUGUCCUACUUCGAGCACAAGAGUCUUUCAGACUCCCGCAGGUUGAAGAACAGCAUCAUUCAUGGACUUUUCCCACCCAAAGAGGACCCAGCGCAUCACUGCAACAGUAUCAUCCACUGCUCUAGAGGAUAA